AUGGCCAAAGUCGAUGUUACCUCUGCCUUUAAGGUGAUGCACUUUGAUUGGCACUUGUUCGGCAUCCGCUGGCGUAAAAAACUCUACUUUUCCGUCCGCUUCACGUUCGGCUGCAGAAGCAGCCCUAAAAUUUUUGACAAGUUGUCAGAAGCAAUCUGCUGGAUCCUCUCCAACAAUUACACCGUACCCUACCUAGUCCAUCUCUUAGACGAUUUUUUAAUCAUCUCGCCCCCCGACUCCAUCCCAGCCACGCACCUUUUGACAACGCAAAAAGUCUUCGCAGAGUUUGGGAUUCCCCUCGCUCAAGACAAAACCUCUGGCCCAAGCACUUCCAUCGAAUUUUUAGGUAUCAACCUAGAUUCACAAAAAUUCCAAGCUUCUCUACCCAAAGAGAAAAUCGACAGAACGAUUCUGGUAGCUUCCACUCUCUUAACCAACCCAAGCUGCUCCAAACUGAUUUGAUUUUGAUUUUGACGUGAGCUGCUAUCCGCUCUCGGCCAUUUAAAUUUUGCAAUGCGCAUCAUUCCACAAGGCCGCCCUUUUAUAUCCCACCUCCUCGCACUCGCGUCCUCCACUCACGGUCUAGAGGACCGAAUAUCCAUAACCGACUCGUGCCAUAAUGAGCUCGGUUUGUGGAUAUCCUUCCUUAGACAGUGGAACGGUUUAUCUAUCUUUUACAGCGACUUGAUUUCUUCUCCAGUUGACAUCCAAUUAUUCACCGACGCCGCCACCUCCGUUGGUUUUGGAGGAUUUUACCAGAACCGCUGGUUCGCUUCUAUGUGGCCCCCCCAGUUCCUACAGUUACCUCAGAUGCUAGCAUCCUCAGCGCUUUUCGAGCUAUAUCCCAUAGUCGUGGCAGUCUUUCUGUGGGGGAAAGAGUGGUCCAUCAUCAGCGUCAUUAUUCACUGCGACAAUGAGGCUACCGUGGACUGCAUUAACAAAGGCUGCUCUCAUUCACUCGCCCUAAUGCCUCUGCUAAGACGCCUAAUUUGGAUCUCGGCUUGUGACCAGUUCAUCAUAACUGCAAAACACAUUCCCGGGUCCAAAAACCAAAUAGAUGACUCUCUUUCUCGUUUUGCCUUUCAGAAAUUCAGGCAGUUGGCACCAGAGGCGGAACCACUCCCAACCCCAGUACCUCCCUAUUCAGAGCUGAUGUUCCCCUAA